UUUGUACAUUGAAACUAAAGUCUGCACCAAUCAAGUCUUAAACAAUUAUUUAUAUAUGGAGGGAUGCUUUCACAAUAUUCAAAUCAAAAAUGAAAAGCCAAGCCCGUUUCUGUAAAAGAAUUCUUGUGAUACCUGCACUACAUUAUGGUGACUCUGUACAAAGAGUCAACUAACACGGUUUCUAGAGUGGUCAUAGUGCGAGUCUAGAGGAAAUAGCUUGCUAGCUUGGCAUGGAGAGGGAAGCAAAGAAGAGGAAGACGGAGUAUGUUGAAGAAGAAGAAAAGGGAAAGGAAGAUGAUGAUGAUGAAGAAGAAGAAGAAGAAGAAGAGAAGAUGGAGAAGUUCUUUGCUUUGCUGAGAAGUACAAAACAAAUGCAUGAUCAGAUAAGAAGAAACUCAAAUAGAAUAUUUAAAGAGAAAGAGGAGAUCAGGAAAGUUGGAGAAGAGAAGGUUAGUGUGGCUUGGAAUCCAUCAUUUCUGCCAGAAGACUUCUUGGAGGAUGGCAAGGAUGGUCAGGCAGCAGCCGGUCCUUCCAAGAGAAAGGAAGAAGAGAAAAAGGACGAGGGAGAAGAAGGCACUGGCUUGGACCUAAAGCUUUCUUUGUAGAGGGUAGCUGGCCUCCUCCCCCAACUCCCUUUUCUCUUCUUGCAUGUUGAGAAGCUUUCACAAUGAAAGGUCGAGCGCUACAAUAAGUAACAGCAAUACUGGGCAGCAUUUCCAUGAUGUGCUGAGUUUAUCGAAAACAUAUUAUGUAUGCUGACGUCUCUCUGGCUUGUUUGGGUCUCUAUAUAUGAGGUAAUUGAGAUUUUUUUUUUAAGUUUAUGUUCUUACACAAGUGAUGGGAUAACCUCACUCUUUGAAGCGGACACAAGAAGUCAUGUAAACACUUGUUCGACGAGAACUCACGCUGUAUUUUUUAAAUAGUUUUGAGACAGUUUAGGAGCAUAUACCUUCUUUCUCCAA